CUCGAGGGAUCUGAUCUCUAACCUCUCGCACGCUCGCGUACAUCCCCGCUCAACCUCGCACACGGCUCGGACGAGUGAAGGCGGUCGAGCUUGCUUCAACACCGGCCCUCUUACUUCCUCUUUUCGCGACUGGAUACAAUGGCGUCCGGAACCUUAUACACGUACCCGGAGAAUUUCCGCGCCUACAAGGCCCUGAUCGCGGCACAGUUCUCCGGUGCCCGAGUCAAAGUCGCCGAGGACUUCGUCUUCGGCGAGACCAACAAGACCGAGGCGUUCCUGAAGAAGUUCCCUCUAGGAAAAGUUCCAGCAUUUGAAACAAGCGAUGGGAAAUAUAUUACAGAAAGCAAUGCAAUUGCUUAUUAUGUGGCCAACGAACAGCUGAGAGGAAAAACUGAAAUCGAUCGUGCAUUGAUCAUCCAAUGGCUUGGCUAUGCCGAUUCCGAAAUUCUUCCUGCGAGUUGUGCUUGGGUAUUUCCGCUACUUGGAAUAAUGCCAUACCAUAAACAGAAUGUUGAGAAUGCUAAGGAAGAUAUAAAUAGAGCACUCACUGCUCUAAACUCGCAUUUACUUACGCGGACUUACUUGGUGGGAGAGCGAUUAACUCUGGCGGAUAUUUGCGUAGCUAUGACACUGUUACACUUGUAUCAGUAUAUCCUUGAGCCGGAACUGCGUAAGCCUUAUAUGAAUGUAAAUCGAUGGUUCCAAACAGUCAUCUAUCAACCCGAAUCUAUCGCUGUACUUGGUGCCUUCAAAUUGGCGGAUAAAACUCUUGAAUAUGAUCCUAAGAAGUUUGCAGAAACUCAGGGAAAGAGCUCAAAAAAAGAAAAGAAGGAGAAGGAAUCUAAGAAAGAGGCUAAAGAGUCGAAAGAACCCAAAGAGUCAAAGAAGGAAUCUAAAUCUGCAGCAGACAAAACUGCAGCGGCAGAAGAUGAAGCUGAUGCAACAGAGGAGGCUUUAGCUGCUGAACCGAAAAAGAAAAAUCCCUUUACUUCGAUGCCUAAAAGUUCUUUCGACUUUGACGAUUUUAAACGGUUUUACUCCAAUGAAGAUGAGUCUAAAUCUAUCCCUUACUUCUGGCAAAAGUUUGAUUCGGAAAAUUAUAGUAUUUGGCUUGGUGAAUACAAAUACAACCAUGAAUUAACUAAAGUCUUCAUGUCUUGUAAUUUAAUUAGUGGUAUGUAUCAACGAUUAGAUACAAUGAGAAAAGGUGCAUUUGCCAGUGCCUGUAUAUUUGGAGAAGACAACAACAAUACAAUCAGUGGCAUUUGGGUCUGGCGUGGACAAGACCUUGUUUUUACAUUAAGUCCAGAUUGGCAAGUGGAUUAUGAAUCUUAUACUUGGACAAAACUGGAUCCAUCGAAGGAAAAUACAAAAGAAUUGGUCAAGCAAUAUCUCAGCUGGACUGGCACGGACAAAGAAGGACGGAAGUUCAAUCAAGGAAAAAUUUUCAAGUAAACUUUGCCAUAUGCAUCAAAUAAACCCUAUUCGCAUGAAAUAAAUGAUAAAAUAUCAGAAAUGAUGAAAUAUCAAAAAAAAGUUUACGUGCUCUUCACAAAAACCCUAAUAGGAGAUAAACCAGUAUCUGGAAUAUCUUUUUUUCCUAAAUAUGUUCCUUCCUCUUGAUUUCCAUAUUAAACGAAAUCUCUUUUAUACAUAAA